GUGCCUACGAGCGGGUCGGUGCGUUAGAGACCGGAUAACGCCAUAUUCCACACAGGCCGAACGUCUCGAUGGCCGCAGCCCUACUGCUCCCGGCCAUGGCCGCCGUACUGCUGCACGUGUCCUCGACGCUGUUGCCGCUGAGGCGAGCCGUGCCGGCCGACGGCUCGCCUGCCGUCUUGCGCGCAGCGGCGCCUCGCUGCUGCGCAGAUGCCUCGGCAUCGCGGCGCGCCUUUCUGGAGGAGCAGCGGCGGCCGACGCGGGGCGCCCAGGCCUUUGAGGGCACGACGUGGUCGCUGCUGCUCAAAAUGGCGGAGGGCGGCGGGACGAUGUUUUCGGUCGAGCUCCUCGACGGCGGCGGCUGCCGCUUCUCCGACUCGGAGGAGCGCGGGUCCUGGCAAGCGCGCGAGGCGUUUGUCGUGAUCGAGAAGCCGAAGGGCCUCUUCGACCGGACGCUCUACAUGAGCGCCGAGCUUCGGCCCGCGACGGAGGACGACCCGCAGGACCGGCUGGUCAACGGGAUGGUGCAGCGGGUCGGCGGGGUGGCCAAGGUGGACGGGGCGCAGGCGUCCCAGGCGGAGGGCGACGCCACCGCCGAGUCGCUCCUCACCAUCGGCGAGUUUGGAGGCAUCGCGCAGCUUGAGGCCGCCCCGCCCCCAGAGGGCACGGCCGAGGCUUGGACGCGGUUGGGGGACGCUGAGCCUCAGCCCGGAGGGGACGAAUGAAAAGUAGAAAGCUCUCGAGAGAAUGAGGACCCUUCAAGAAAGAUUUUUGCCGCCUCGGUUUUCCUCUUUCCUGUGUUGCCGGUUAGCCGGUAGUGCCAGUGCGCGCCAAAAAAAGAAAUAAACG